UUUGCCAGGCUACCCGCAGGUAUUCUAAAAAUGCCAGGCUUAACUCUUGAGUACUUUGAGUACUUGAGGCCAGCAUUUUCUCUGAAGUCUCUCCUGGGACUACUGAUCAUAAAGGAAGAUAAAGAGAUGGAGGAAGCUAGUUUGUGCCUUGGUGUUUCUUCAGCUGUGCCAGAAACUGACGCCCAUCUCAACAGCACUAUACUCAAUGGGCAGUAUUCAAUGAGCCAGAAGCUACACCAGAUCACUUCCCAGCUCAGCCAUGCCUUCCCAGAACUCCAGAACAGGCAGAAUCCAGAGGAGAAGGCAUCUGCACCACUAGAAGACAAAAGCCACAUGUCCAUAGCAAACCAGCCCAUCAGCAGUCAGAUGGCACUGUUAGCAAAUCAGCUCAACAGGGAGGUUGACACCAGUUUGAAUGGGCGUGUGGACCUGCAGCAGUUCUUAAAUGGACAAAACCUAGGAAUUAUGUCCCAGAUGAGUGAUAUAGAGGAUGAUGCCAGGAAAAACAGAAAGUACCCAUGUCCCCUCUGUGGGAAACGCUUUCGAUUUAACAGCAUCCUGUCACUACACAUGCGCACUCAUACAGGAGAAAAACCAUUUAAAUGUCCAUACUGUGAUCACAGAGCAGCUCAAAAAGGCAACCUGAAGAUACACCUGCGUACUCACAAACUUGGAAAUCUUGGCAAAGGUCGUGGAAGAGUCCGAGAGGAAAACAGACUUUUACAUGAGCUGGAGGAGAGAGCGAUUCUUCGGGACAAGCAGAUGAAGAGCAGCCUCUUGCAGCCACGACCUGAUGUGAAAGCACAGCAGAAUACCCAGCCAAUGCCUCUUGCAAACUGCAACUUGUCUGUGCCAGCUAAUCACAGCACACCUGAUAUUUCAAACCCUGUUCCCUCUCCAAAGCCAGUCAGCGUCCAGGAAGAAGUUGUUGCUCAGACAGCUGGGUUCAGAUGCACGUUUUGCAAAGGCAAGUUUAAAAAGCGAGAAGAGCUAGACAGGCACAUAAGGAUCUUGCACAAGCCUUACAAGUGCACCCUGUGUGACUUUGCUGCCUCGCAGGAGGAGGAACUGAUCAGCCACGUGGAGAAGGCUCACAUAACUGCAGAGUCAGCACAGGGCCAGGGCUCCAACGGGAAUGGGGAGCAGUCCACCAAUGAGUUUCGCUGUGAGGUGUGUGGCCAAGUGUUUAGCCAAGCCUGGUUUCUAAAAGGCCACAUGAGGAAGCACAAGGAUUCCUUUGAACACUGCUGUCAGAUCUGCGGGAGGCGAUUCAAAGAGCCUUGGUUUCUUAAAAAUCACAUGAAAGUCCACCUGAAUAAGUUAUCUGUCAAAAACAAAUCUCCGAAUGAUCCCGAAGUACCUGUCUCCAUCAGCAGUAUGUCCCAGGAAGCUCAUGCAAACUUGUAUUCAAGAUAUCUGUCGUGUUUGCAGAGUGGUUUUCUUCCUCCUGACAAAACAAGCUUAAGUGAACAAAAUCAAAUCUAUAACAAAGGAGAUAUGCCCAUGAAAGAGAAAGAAGUCUUGGGAAAACUCCUUUCACCCAUGUCUGGCAUUGGCCACAGUAUUGCUGAAGGGGAUAAACAUUCUUUAUUGGGCUGUCUCAAUCUGGUACCUCCUCUGAAAUCCAGCUGUAUAGAAAGGUUACAAGCUGCCGCCAAAGCAGCAGAAAUGGAUCCAGUAAACAGCUAUCAGGCCUGGCAGCUUAUGGCAAGGGGAAUGGCCAUGGAACAUGGCUUUUUGUCUAAAGAGCAGCAGAUACAGCGCAGCCAUGAAGACACUUUGGCAAAUGCUGGAGUUAUGUUUGAUAAGGAGAAGCGGGAGUAUGUGUUAGUAGGAGCAGAUGGCUCUAAGCAGAAAAUGCCUGCUGAUUUGGUUCACAGCACUAAAAUGGGCAAUCAGAGAGACUUGCCAAACAAACUAGACCCUUUAGAAGGCAGUAGAGAUUUUUUGUCACAUGGUAUGAACCAGGGACUCGAUUACAACUUACAAAGUCAUGGAAAUGUAAAAGAAAAGCCAACUGAAUGCCCAGACUGUGGAAGGGUUUUUAGAACAUACCACCAAGUGGUUGUGCACUCCAGAGUUCACAAAAGAGAUAGGAAAGGAGAAGAUGAAAUAAUUCAAGGUAGUCUUGAUGAACGCCGUGGGUCUGGCAGCGAUCAAGAAUCUCAGUCUGUCAGCAGGUCAACAACACCAGGGUCCUCUAACAUUACCGAAGAGAGCGGAGUAGGUGGGGGUCUCUCGCAGACGGGGAGUGCCCUAGAGGACAGUCCACAUCCUUCCUCACCUUCUUCUUCAGACAUUGGAGAAGAAGCUGGGAGAUCUGUAGGAGUUCAACAGCCAGCUUUACUGAGAGACAGGAGCCUUGGUUCUGCCAUGAAAGACUGCCCAUAUUGUGGAAAAACUUUCAGAACAUCACAUCACUUAAAGGUCCACUUGAGAAUACAUACAGGUGAGAAGCCUUACAAGUGUCCACAUUGUGAUUAUGCUGGUACUCAGUCUGCAUCCCUCAAGUACCAUUUGGAAAGGCACCAUCGGGAGCGACAGAAUGGAGCAGGACCACUCUCUGGGCAGGCUGCAAAUCAAGAACACAAAGAAGAGACAUCAAGUAAAAGUUCCAUGUUUAUUAGACCAGAUAUACUGAGAGGAACCUUCAAGGGGCUUCCUGGUAUCGACUUCCGAAGUGGCAUGGUCUCACAGCAGUGGACGUCAGGAAUGCUGUCUUCUGGAGAUCAGCAAGGACAAGCAGCUGGUAUGUCAUCUGAGGUAUCUUCAGACAAUAUGAAGGGUUCAGACAUAUCUUCCAAAGGAACACACUUCUCUGAACUUGGCCGUGCUUACCAGAACAUGGUUGGGAAUGGUGUGAACUUUCAAGGGUCUUUGCAAGCUUUCAUGGACAACUUUGUCUUAAGUUCUUUGAAGAAAGAAAAAGAAAUGAAGGAUAAAGCUCUGUCAGAUCCACUUUCAGCAAAAGCUCUGGGUUCAGAUGGGGGUGAGGAAAAGAUCAGUAGCAAGUCCUCACAGCGAAAGACAGAAAAGUCACAAUAUGAACCUCUUGACUUAUCCGUAAGGCCAGAUGCAGCCUCCCUCCCAGGUUCAUCUGUUACCGUGCAAGACAAUAUUGCUUGGCAUGGCUGCUUAUUUUGCUCCUUUACAACUUCAUCUAUGGAACUAAUGGCUCUGCACCUCCAGGCCAAUCACUUGGGCAAGGCUAAACGUAAAGACAACAUCAUAGGGAACAACAAAGACCAAUCUAGAGAAGCUUCAGCCUCAGUUAAUAAAGUGAGCUUGCUCCCCUCUUCUGUACAGUCCAACAAAGAGGCAGUAGUUUCAAACAUACUUAGCCAGCUGGACUCAGCUUCUGAGAAAAUGACCCAAGGACAAAAUAAAGAGACCCUGGGAGAGCAAAAGAGUACUGCCUGGCCCAGCCACAUGGAAUCCACUUUUUGUAAUUUUACAACAGACUUCUAUAAGCAGUUUGGUGUUUAUCCUGGUGUUAUUGGCAUGGGAACACAAAAUUCUUGCACCAGUAAUGAAUCUGAAAUAAAACCACAACCCGAAGAUGACCCAAAUAUUCUUCUCUCUGACUCUGUAAAUAAAAGUGCUACUGAUGACCUUUCUGACAUAGCUUCAUCUGAGGAUAUGGAGUCUUCCAAGGAAGAAAACAUUGAAGAUGAGGACAUUGAAACAGAACCAGAUAUUAUGAAUAAGCAGUUGUCUGCCCUUAACAAGGAAAGCAGCGAAGGAGGCGACAAUAUACAAAGUAUGGUCACCUCACAACCAGCACAAGGGCUCGUAUCACCACUGCCACAAGCACCAGAAAAGCAGUGGCACAGUCAGAAUCUUCUAUCCUCCCAUGAAACUGCACAAGGAGUGAUGAAAGCUGAACAAGUUCAGGGUCCACAGGUCCUGGAGAAGCAGAUGAACAUGUUGUCAGUCCUAAGAGCUUACAGCUCUGAUGGCUUAGCAGCCUUUAAUGGACUUGCAAGUAGCACAGCAACUAGUGGAUGUAUCAAGAGACCUGACUUGUGUGGUCACCGGCCCUUCCAGUGCCGAUACUGCCCCUACAGUGCCUCUCAGAAGGGGAACCUGAAGACCCACGUGCUCUGCGUCCAUCGCAUGCCUUUCGACAACAGCCAGUACCCAGACCGCAGGUUCAAGCGCUCCCGGGCAGACUCGGAAGCCCCAGGGAGCCUAGAGGAGGCUGCAGGCCGGGUGGGGAGCUCGGCCGAGCAGGCUGAGGACGGUGGCCAGGCCCAGGAGUAGGGCUGCCAGGCCCAGGAGUAGCGCACCUGGCCAGGCCCUCAUGCUGUGCGGGGCUCUGGCUGUGUACUGGGCCUGAGGUGGCUGGCUGCACUGUGGGCAGAAGAAUUGUGUGCCAGCUUCCAGACGUGUACAGGAUGCUCCCAACAUUUAAGUAUAUAUAUAUGGAUACGUAUGCACAAACGCAUAUAUAUAUAUUUACACACAUGUGCUCAAAUACAGUCAUAUACCCAUUAAAUAUAUAUCUUCAUUCGCACACACACACACGAUCCCUCUGUGUGUGUGUGUGUUUAAGUAUAUAUAUUACACAUGCAAAAUAAAUCUCCAGCCCUUGAAAAUGGCUGCUAAACUGUUACCUGGCAACAAGUACUUCCAAACAAUGUAGGUGGGAUAAUAAAGUGAUCUAAAAAUGCUAGGGGGCCGUUAGUUAUUAAAAAAAUAAUAAUAGGGCAAUUUCAAACUUUGAAGUGGUCUUUGUCCAAAAACAAUGCUCUUAACAGAAAAAAAUGAUAGUGUCUAAACGAUUUAGUGUUGCCUUGAAGAUUGAGGGGCUGUGUGUUUUCAUUGUUGAAAACACCUUUAUAAUAUGACACCAGCUGCUGUCAUUUGCCUAGCAUAGUAAUGAGAUGUGUUGGUAGACUGCCAUGGUGCCAGUCUGACUGGAGCUGUCAUUGCAGAGAAAAUCAAUUUGAGUGGUGUUGCAACUGCAGUACAGGAGAAACCCUAGAUGGCCCACAAGCUAGGGUCAGUACUGACCUGUACUGACAAGUAUUGCGAUAUUAUGUUUUCCCAUUUUUCUUUUUUCUUUUUCUUUUUCUUUUUCUUUUUCUUUAUAUAUAUAUAUAUAUAUAUAUAUAUACACACAGCCAAAUGAAUCAAUGGUUAAAAAAUAUCUGCAUACCAACGUGUGACUGCAGAUUUGAAGUGUAAUUCCAUUUUUUUUAAUCAUCUUGCAGUAUUGAGGGAAAUGCUUUUAUACUUUUUUUUUUCCUUGUUGAUGAAGAAGUAAGUUGCUAUAAAAGUAAAAGUACAACAUAUAGAAAUGUUGUUUAGUGAAACUAGUCAGCCUUAUCUGUAGAAGGUGCUGGUGAGAAACAGAUUUUUAUUACAUAGAGGGUUCGUACUUUUUCUUUUUCUAUUCUUUUCAUGUUGUUUUCUAUUAAAUUUCCUUUAAAUUCCCGUUUUUAUACUUAAAUGAAGGAUUCCCUAGCCACAGUUAAUUUUCAUGUGUUAGUUUUUAUAUAAGUGUUAAAGACAUAGCGCAGAAGUUUCUUCUGGAGCAAGCUCUUAUAAAGUAGCUUCACCAACACUAUGAAUCCAAAUUUCCUGCUCUUUGUCUCUAAUGAAGAAAAAUGUUUUAGCUGAUUUUUUUGUUUUGUUUUUGUAAAGCAAAUCAUUUGUAUAUUUUUUGUAGAUUUUAGCUUUUUUAUUGAUUGGAUGCUCCAAAUUUAUUAAGUUCUUUGCCACAUAAGAAGCUUUUGAGAGUCUAUAAUGAACCACAUACAUUAAAAACAACAAAAAAGUAAGAAAAAUAACUAAAGUUUUAUACUGAAAAUCUCUGAAUGGCAUAAAAUUUUAGCCUUGUAAUGUACUUCCUUUGAUAGAAGCAAAAUUGGUGCUGUUUAUUGUGAAGGUAGAGAAAUAUUAACUUCUUCUAAAACAAAAUCAUGCAGACUUAAAAAAAAAAAAAAAAAAAAAAAAAGUCAAUAUUUCUUUGCAGGCUGGGAGCACAGAGUAAAACCCCAGGGCCUUAAAACUUCAGCUCUGCCUAAAGCAGUUUACAAAAAAUACUUAACUGCAAUCAAUGUAAAUAAAAUUCUUAGCGCUACCCUGAGACUGGAAAAAAAUCUCAGGCUAAUAAGGAAUACGGUUUGCAUAUGCUGUCGGAAAUGAUGUCAUUCAACUGAAGUUUCAGUUUAAAUGAGGUCACUGUGUAACUUGGACCCAUCUGGCACAGAGCAAGCUGCUUUUCUUGUUUUUCUAGUAUAGUUCUCACUGCCUUACUUAAAUCGAGUUGAUAAACUUAAUGCAACUGUUUCUAUGAUCCUAGAUAAAGGAUUAAAAUGUUAUUGAAACUUUCUGACUGUAGUAAGCUUUAGGAUUUUAACUGCACUACUGUGUUUGGUGACUGUGUCAGUCGCUUGCUUUUGUGUGUUUGCGCCGCCUUCAGUAUCUUAGCAAAAAACAAAACAAAACAAAUCAAACAAACAAACAAAAAAAGCCCACGCUGCCCCCAUUCCAUUUCUUGCACUUUUGGAGCUCUUUCAGUAUUCUUUUGUGUCUUCUGAGCAUUUUCAGGUACGACAGGCAAUAAUUCUGUUUGUGACACUGGAAACAUCUCUCGUUCUUUGUGAUGUGUGUGUUGAUUCCAUUUGGUUGGGUGCUACUGUCCCUAUUCUCCCCUCUGACAUAGACCUUUUUUCCAGAACAUUUGUAACUUGUAAUACAAACAAGUGACAGCAGCAGUGAUGCAUUGUCGGUUUCUGAAUAUCAUCAUGCUUCUCAUAUCUAAACAUGUCAAGUUUUUUCUCUGUAACUUCUGUAGUCUGUGAUAUGGUCAUAAUACUGUCUACAUUCCUACACAAAGAAAAAUUUCUAUCUUGGAGGAAAUCUGAGAUCAAUAGAGUAGAGGAUUUUGUUGCUAUGCUUGUAACAAUUAGAAAACUUUGUAUUUAAAGUUUAUUCUUGGUCAUUAUUUAUUAUUAAAAUACAUCAGUUGACAGAACUUUAUUCUGGUAUAGAAGUAUUAAAAGUUGUUUUUUCAGCAAUGACUGUUUUCUUUCUGCUGUUAGAAUAAAAAUGUCUUUGAAGCAGUACAGUUUUAUCCAGUGUUUUACGCAAUAAAACCUCUACCUCUGAAAAAAAGUUUUCCUACUUGCUUAUGUUUAUUAGGAACAGCAAAAACAUUAUUUUCUGUAGCUUUGUCAGAUUUGAAAAAAAAAAAAAAAAAAAAGCCAGUAAAUUCACAGUUGUUAGGCAGUUACUGGAGUGUGUUGCUGGGUGUGUGUGCUCAGUCCACUUAUUAAUCCGAACAAAUCUAUAUACAGUAUAUACAUAUAUAUUAUAUAUUGUGCUUAAUGAAAAGACUGUGGAAAUCUGUUUUAGCAUGUAGUAAUAAUUGUUUUAUACACUACUAUUAUGUACUAUAGAAAAAGUCUUGGGGUCUAUCAAGCUUUGAUUUGAAAGUGUUUGAAGUGUGUAUCAUACACUAUUAUGUAUAAAGUCAUGUUUUCACAUUAAAAAAAAUUGUUUGUAUAGAUCAUAUAUUUGGCUUUAGAAAAUUGUGAGGUUUAUUGUUAUGAUGCAUGUUAAGAAAGUUGCCUAUGCUUCAAAGAAUUUGCAAGUACGAUAGCCCUCCUGUAUUCCUAGAUGAACCUUUAUUCUUCCUGUGUAUGGUUUGGUUUGCCUAAUUGAAACACACCAAGUUAGAGGAUUUUUCAUUUAGUAGAAAAAGUAACAAUGAUUAAAAAAAAAAAAAAAAAAAAAAAAAAA